UUUCUAGGCUAUAAAAAUACCAUUACCUUUGUUUGGGUCAGCUUUGAAUUUCUCUUGUUAGGUCUCAAUUUUUGAAAUGCUUUAUUAAAGCCCUAAUGAUGUAAAUGGGCCCUUGCGGUAAUUUUCUCACCUGACUCCAAAUGACAAAACUAGCAUUUUGAACUGGGUUACUAUGAGUUUCAGUUUAGGUAUUUGUUUCCCAUUUCAUAUUUACUACUAUUUUUUUAUUUUGUGAACGUUGCACAUCUCAGCAAAACUUUCUUUCUGGUUAUACUGAUAGUACAUAACCUACCUCUGAGUUCUGCCCAAAAUAUCAAUGUGGUACAUAUAUUGCCAGGAGGCUGUAAUAAGCAGCCAAAGUUGCACAUGGUGCUACGGUUGGUAAGCGCUAGAUAUCUUAGAAACAAUUCCAGAAAUCUGAUCUGGCAAGCAUGAGCAUAAUUUGUGGUCCUUAGGUAGCAUUCCUCAAGGAGGUCCUCACUUGUAUUUCUUUGUUGGAGACCUUGUUAUUGGAUAUAGUUAGGGGGGUGUAUCUUGCAGAUUUUUCCAGUUAAAAUCAAUUGUUGAUACUUUCUUUCUGGUUAUACUAAUGGAAGAUGCCAUGUACCAUUUGACUUGAACUUGCUAGAUGCUAGGAAAUGCUUUUGCAACAAUGUCAGCCUUUGACCUUCAGUUGUUUAUGUAUUAUCUCUGACUUCUAGUUCAUUUCUAGUUCUUAAAUAUUUCUUUUGUUUAGUUUGACCACUUGCAUAAAUUUAAAGUAAGAUAUAUGUUCGUCUGUUUCUAUUCAGCUAAUCUGGGGGUAUUUUUGGUAGUGCUAUACUGUAGGUGGGCCAAUUGAGCAUAUGGAUGGAAAAUGCCAUUUAACUGUUGAUGCAUCCUACUUUUUCACAUGAAUACAUGAUUGUAUUACCUUUAUGAUAAAAAAGGCUGAUUCACCUGCUGUUAUGUUCUUUCAUUUUCAUGAUAAUGACAUAAAUGUAGGCAUUUGGGUAUUGUGUUUUCUGCAGCAGGAGAUGCUACUGGAUUUUUUUUUCAUAGCUCACGAAUCAUGAUGGGAGUUUGGGAGGCAUGCUGCUCUUACUUUUAUUUUUUAUUUAAGUUUGUUAUCGUUUUAGCUUACCCUAUUUGCUGCAGUAGUAAGUUUCCUGUAUUGUUGUCGCAAAUGUGUAAUUGCAAACUUGUUAAAUCAGUAGUAGCAAUUUGCAUGUUCAGAGUACCUUGUUCACCAUUUCAUGUUAUUGUUUUGUAUAUAUGGUUACACAAGUUAGUAAUGAAAACUUUCCACAUAUCAAAAUCUUAAAUGCUUGUCUAACUAGUUGAUGAGAAGCCUGGCAAUGGAAAUAAAAUUCAGAAAAAAGUAAAAGUAUGUUUGUGCCAUAAAUAUUCAUGCUAUAGUUUUGAAAUAUGUUUGAUGAGAAAAAUUAGUUACUGACCAUUCUAUUAUAUUGACAUUUCUGUUGAAGUCAACCUAUAAUUUUUCUGAUAUUUUCUGAUAUCAAAUCAGGCUUGCAAUUCAUUUGGUCAACUGAAAGUGAUGUCAUUUUCAAAAACUGAAAAUGACACAAUGAAAAAGAUUUCAGGGAAGUUUUCCACACAAAAGAAUAACUGAAUCCAACUUGCAAACUUAAGUAGCUUGGUUAGUUUUCUUAAUAAGAUAGCAGUGAGCCAGCGAGGUUGUUUUUCCAUAUAUGAUACAUUAUUGGUAGUCCUACUUGAUUUAUGCACUAAGGAGAACUGUAUAUUUUGCCCCUUCAGAUAUACUUUAUGGUCUUCAAAGGGAAUAAUCUCAAUGUAAUCAGGGUUCCUCAUUAUGCAACUGGACAUUAUAGAAGUCAUGAUUCAAGAGACAUAUGCCAAGCGCUUUUCGCAUAUUUGUGUAUGAUCUAUGAUUCUAAAUUUUUUUUUAGAUAAUAUGUGAUUCUACAUUUAUUUCUAUGUUUAUUAGAAAUAUAAGAUCGGUAUUAGGUAUUCCGUUAUUCAUGCUAUGCAAUUUGGCUGCAUAUCAGCAUGGCAUUGGAAGUUUCCGAGUUCAUACUUCAUACAGCUAAAAAUCAGAGGUACAAGUAAUCCACACCUUUGGUCCCUUGAAUUCAUUUUUCUUUGCUGGCAUCUGAGCUUCAUUUUUUAUUCCCCUCAUUGAUCCUCUGUGUGGAACAAAGAGGCAAGAGGAAUAAAAACUCUUUUGAAGGCGAAGGGGCAUUGCAGAAAUACAGCUCAUCCCUUCUGCUACUUGUAGGAUCUGAGUCAUGUGCAGCUCCUAUUGUUGAGGAGAUCAGAACCGGAUCAUCGGAUAAUUCAGAUUUUGUCGGGUUACUGCAAGGCAGAGUCCUUUUGAUUUCACAUGCUCAGUGAUUUUCAAGAUAUACAACUACCAUAAUCUGAAUAUUAUUUUUCUCUCCUGCAGGUCUCUGGUAAUGUUUGCCUGGAACUAUUACUUGGAUAACCAUCAGACAGAUGUCAUAUUGUCUGACAAUUACAUCUAGCAACAGACUAGCCCAGUCUUUGCUGUGUCCAGAUCUAUCCAGCAAACAGUUUAAUUUACUCCCAAAGUUAUUUCUUCUUUAAACUUAGUUCAGAAAAAGGUAUAUGGAUCACUGGAAUGCCUGUAUUUUCAGUGGGCUAUCUUACCAUGAGACAAUGAUGAAAACUGUGUGCAUGUGAAGACAAAGCUCGAGAUCUGCGGAGGCAGUGUCCAAUCCUUUUUGAGCUCUGAAGAAUGAUUAGAUUCCCCUCCAUGUUCGUGCAAGCCUCUCCUGGUAGCUCCUUGAGUUUGUUUAUUGGACGACUUCAUUGCAGCAACAUUCUCUACAAUACAAUCUCAUAACAUCUGAUCCUGCAUUAAUUGCUAAGAUAAGCCCAUGUUUGUUCCUGUUUUGAACAUAAUGCAGUAUAUACUUGUUUUUUCAUUGUCCUUUGAUGCAUCUAAACUGGGGAUGAUUUUCUCUCCAAUCAUUGAAACAUGUCCUUGUGACACUUGCCUCUUGAGCUCUGAUUGGCUUGACCUCUUAACUGUGUCUGAUCUUGGGGCAAGUCACUAUCCUGUCUACCAACUUGUAACAGCUAGCAGUUGAAAUUUUUUUCUAAUCCUCAUAAUGUGCACAGGGGUUGCUAUCACCCCCAGUUCAUCUCCAGCCGUGGGCAUCUAUUUAUUUUAAGCAUGAUUUACCAUUUCUUAAUCCUGCAAGUUGCUGUGCUUCCAUUCAACCUUUUGUCUUUUCAUCAGGUAUAAAUGAUCCUGCCAUAACCUGCAUCUCUUCUUCACCGAGCACAAGUGUAUCAAACUAUCAAACACAGCACGGUCCUCACACCACCUCUAACAUCUCUCACAUCCAAAACUUGUAUCAGAAAUGGAGUCCGGAGGGGUGAUCGCGGAGGCGGGGUGGAGCUCGCUCGACAUGUCGUCGCAGGCCGAGGAGUCGGAGAUGAUGGCGCAGCUGCUUGGAACCUGCUUCCCCUCCAAUGGCGAGGAUGAUCAUCACCAAGAGCUUCCUUGGUCGGUUGACACCCCCAGUGCCUACUACCUCCAUUGCAAUGGAGGUAGCUCAAGUGCAUACAGCUCUACCACUAGCAGCAACAGUGCUAGUGGUAGCUUCACUCUCAUUGCACCAAGAUCUGAGUAUGAGGGGUACUAUGUGAGUGACUCUAAUGAGGCGGCCCUCGGGAUCAGCAUCCAGGAGCAAGGUGCAGCUCAGUUCAUGGAUGCCAUUCUCAACCGGAACGGCGAUCCGGGCUUCGAUGAUCUCGCUGACUCGAGCGUUAAUCUGCUGGAUUCCAUCGGCGCUUCUAACAAGAGAAAGAUUCAGGAGCAAGGCAGGCUAGAUGACCAAACGAAAAGUAGGAAAUCUGCGAAGAAGGCUGGCUCGAAGCGGGGAAAGAAGGCGGCGCAAUGUGAAGGUGAAGAUGGCAGCAUUGCUGUCACCAACAGGCAAAGCUUGAGCUGCUGCACCUCUGAAAAUGAUUCGAUUGGUUCUCAAGAAUCUCCUGUUGCUGCUAAGUCGAAUGGCAAGGCUCAAUCUGGCCAUCGGUCAGCAACCGAUCCCCAGAGCCUCUAUGCAAGGAAAAGAAGAGAGAGGAUCAAUGAGAGGCUCAAGAUUCUGCAGAACCUUGUACCAAAUGGAACCAAAGUAGAUAUCAGCACUAUGCUUGAAGAGGCAAUGCAUUACGUGAAGUUCUUGCAGCUUCAAAUCAAGCUCCUCAGCUCUGAUGAAAUGUGGAUGUACGCACCGAUUGCUUACAACGGGAUGAACAUCGGGAUCGAUUUGAACCUCUCUCAGCAUUGAUAAGAAAACACUUCUAACAGUGUCGAGUUACAGAAGAAAGCAGGGAUCUUACUUACAAGUUACAACACAAUUUGGUUAAAUCAGUUCGAAGAGUUCAUUGAUCGUUACUACUUAUUACUAACAUAUGCAACCGGUUUCUGGUCAAUAAACUGUGCUGCACAACAUAAUCCCAAAAGUAAAUAAAGCCAUAAAAGGCCCGAUGCAAUGUUCUUCAGAAGCUGUUUUUUUUUAACUCGUCAGCAGUUAACCGAAGGAAUGGAUUGUAUGGUGGCCAGAAGGAUAUUAUAUAUAUUUACAGGAAAUCACAUAGAUACUGGAAUACUGGAAGAGGCUCUGUAACUUGUCAAGACAAGAGAGGGCAACUUUGUUCUUUUUCUUCUUGAGAAGCAACUCCAAGGAGGAAUUUCUCUUUCAUUUUCCUUUUUUCAAAUUUGCUCUAGGAGCAAAUUUUUGUCUAUAGCAGUGUAUGCGAAGUGCUAGUACCAUAUAAUAUAAUGUUUUUACCUUGAGCUUGCAUAUAAUGCGUCGCAUGAUCGUGAACUGUCGUUAAAUAUACAUUAUAGUUAUUCUAA